AUGACAACUGCAAGAAUCUUCAGUACUUGUGCUUUCAAUCGUCGUCUCCUUCUCACCAAUAUAAGUCUAAUUCCAGAUUCCCGUUCGCUCAGAUACACAAAUCAGCUUUGUGUUCCCGUUUCCAGGGAACACUCUAUCUCCGCCGCUCGUAUACGGUGCUCUUCGCUUCCCCCGGAUUCGAAUCUCUUCAAAUCCUUCCUCUCGCUAACCUCAAGCUUCCGUCUCGAGAACUCCGCCGUUCACGCUAACCCAAUCCGACCCGAGCCUAACGACGGCGUCUCCGUCUGGAACAGAGCUUCUCGGGGCGUGAACGGAGGAGGAAACGCGAUGGCGUACGGCGGGAAAGGGAAGGAGACGACAGUGGUUCUCCUCGGUUGGUUAGGGGCGAAAGCGAAACACCUGAGGAGAUACGUCGAGUGGUACAACUCCAGGGGAAUCAACGCCGUCACUUUCACCGUCGACGUAAGGGAUUUGCUCCGGCUAGAUCUCGGCCGUCGUCUUGAACGACGGAUAGCUGAAUUCGGGAACGAGUUGGUCAAUUGGGUGUCGGAGAAAGAGGACGGUAGAGAAAAAUGCUUGGUCUUCCACAGUUUCAGCAACACUGGUUGGCUUGUCUAUGGUGCCUUGCUCGAGAGCUUUGUGGGCAGACAAGAGUUAGUAGAAAAGAUCAAGGGUUGUAUCAUCGACUCAGGAGGAGCAGAUCCUCUAGAUACCAAGAUUUGGGCAGCUGGGUUUACUGCUGCCAUAUUGAAGAAGCGUAGCUCCACCGUAAACACAGAACCAAACACCCACGUAAAUGAAGACGACGCUUCAAACCCACAAAAGAAGGAACCUCUAGGACUCGAAACCAUGAUGCUAUCAUCUCUAGAGAAAAUCUUCCCGAUCAUCUUAAACAUCCCGGACGUUAACAAGAGGCUAACGAAAGUCAUCCAGAAACUCAAUGAGAACCAUCCUCCAUGUCCGCAGCUCUAUCUUUACAGCUCCGGUGACAAAGUUGUCCCGUCUCACUCCGUAGAGCUACGGAUCAAAGAACAACAGAAGAUGGGACGAAACAUACAUUCUUUCAAUUUCGGGUCGUCUCCUCACGUCGAUCACUACCGGAACUUCCCUGACGUGUACUCCUCACAGCUUCAAAACUUCUUGCAAGAGUGCUUCACGCCUACAAAACAGCAAAAUCAGAAAAUCGUUUCUCGGUGUUGCUCGGAGCUGCCGUCUCCGAAGAAAAGAGAGGGAGAGAGAGAGAGGGAAACGAUCAGUGAGUUCAGUGGAAGCGAAAAGAAACUGGAAAACUUCGUACUCCGAUCUUCGAAAAUGGCAGCUGUGGAAGAUUCAAAAACGACUCCGUCGAAGUCGUUCGGUGCUGUCGUUCUCGGCGGUACGUUUGAUCGAUUGCACGAUGGACAUCGAACUUUCCUCAGGGCGGCGGCGGAGCUAGCCAGGGACCGAUUAGUGGUAGGAGUAUGUGAUGGCUCGAUGUUGACGAACAAGCAAUUAUCUGAAAUGAUACAACCCAUUCAAGAAAGGAUGCGUAACGUGGAGAACUAUGUCAAGUCUAUCAAACCCGAGCUGGUUGUUCAAGUCGAACCCAUUACUGAUCCGUAUGGUCCUUCAAUUGUCGAUGAAGCUUUGGAAGCUAUUGUCGUCAGCAAAGAGACCUUACCUGGUGGCUUGUCGGUUAACAGAAAAAGAGCAGAAAGAGGGCUUUCUCAACUCAAGAUCGAGGUAGUGGAGAUAGUUUCCGAUGGAUCUAGUGGAGACAAGAUAAGUUCGAGUACUCUGAGGAAGUUGGAGGCGGAGAAAGCCGAGAAACAGAAACAACCCGAAGAAGAAGAAGAAGCACCAUGAACUCGGGACAAGAACUAGUCAUCAUGUAAUAUAUCAAGUUUGUUUGUAACGUAAAACGUUGGUAUUUUCAUAGAAUGUUCAAAAUCAGUCCUUCGCCUCUGCCUGAAACAAUAAGGUGAAGUCCUUGCAUUCCGUUAGCAGAGAGUGAGAGACGGUGUCGUUUGUGUGUUAUGUCAUUGCGAGUUCUAAAACGACGACGUUUUCGAGAGAAAGAGAAAAGAGGAGAGAGAAAGAAAGAAGCGAAGUUGAGAGAGGAGCCUUUCCUUGUGAAGCAAGCAUUUUUCGUUUGGUUCUUCUUCCCGGAGAACACAGAAACGAAGAAGAUCCUUCUCUGAUUUUUACAAAUCCGUACACUGGUUUCUGCGAAAUUUUCACUCUCUUGACUCUGCAAAAGAUGAAUGACCUGAUGACGAAAUCGUUCUUAAGUUAUGUGGAACUGAAGAAACAAGCGAAGGGCGAUUCGGAAUCGGAGCGCGACGUCGAGAAAGGCGGCGGAUUCGAUUUCAGCCCGGCGGAUGAAGAACACCUCUCCGGUUUCUUCCAAGAGAUCGAAUCGAUCAAAUCCCAGAUCGAAGAGAUCACUAAUCUCCUGCUCGAUCUCCAGAACCUAAACGAAGAGACCAAAUCCACCCACAGCAACAAAAUCCUCCGCGGGUUGAGAGACAGGAUGGAGUCGAACAUCGUCGCCAUCUCCCGCAAGGCCAACGCCGUCAAAACCCUAAUCGAGUCCCUCGAGAAGAGCAACGCCGCGAACCGGGAGAGUUUCAAGGAAGGAUCUUGCGUGGACAGGACACGUGUCUCGCUGACGAACGGGGUCAGGGCGAAACUUAGAGAGACGAUGAGCGAGUUUCACCGGUUGAGGGAGAGGAUCUUCGCCGAUUACAGAGAAGACCUCAAAAGGAAGUACUUUUUGGCGACCGGCGAAGAGCCGAGCAACGAGGACAUGGAGAAGAUGAUAUCUGGAGGAGAAUCCGGUUUUGUGAAGACGUUUGAAGUGAGACCGGAGAUGGAUUUGAAGACGAAAGAGAGACACGAAGCUGUGAAUGACAUCAAGAGGAGUCUUAACAGGCUUCAUCAAGUGUUUCUCGACAUGGCUGUUCUCGUUGAGACGCAAGGGGAUAGGAUCGAUGACAUUGAAGCUAAUGUGGCUAACGCAGGGAGCUUCGUGAGCGGUGGAACCAACAGUUUGUUCUACGCGAACCAGAUGAAGAAGAAGAACAAGAGAUGGGCUGUUUGGAUUUCGAUCUUGGGUGUCAUCAUUCUUCUUGUGUGUUUGAUCUCCAUGAUUGCUUCUCGUUGAGUGCUUGGGAGGAAGAUUUGCUGCUUAUGUUGUUCUUCUUCUUUUGAUUAGUCUCGAUCGAAACUUGGUAGAUUUUUUACAAGUGUGUUGCAGUGUUAUGGUUCUACGAAUCGAUUAGAUACUUUCAAUGAUUGUGUAUCAGGAAUUAUCAGGUUUUGUUUGAUGAAUCUAUCGACUUUUAUGAAAAUGUCAUAUACCCCA